GGGAUUCCUCUUGGGACUUUGUUGACUUGUGGAUAGCAGGCGUGCUCUGCUGAUUCAUUUUCAUCACUGUCAAAAUGGUGAUCAAAGUCUUUGUAGCCACAUCCUCGGGGUCUACAGCGGUAGGUGUCUCAUUUAACAUACGCCUCUUUCUGCUGGGAUCAAGCUGGUAAAUUAGCCUAGAAGAUCCCAGAACAGCCUGAGUUUGCAUGCAAGAGGAGAACACUGAUUUUAUUCUCAUCUGUAUUGACCACUUUAUUUUUGAAAGCAACUCAAGAUGUAGAAACUGAAUGUUAAUGCAAACUUGCUUGCAUGUUAGAUUGCACUAUAGAUAUAACAUUUCCUUAUAAAUUAUCAGUCAGUUAGUAGAUAUAUUUGUUUGAAGAAGUAUAUGCAAAAUAUGUUAAUUGAAGAAAGAAAAAGUAGAAAUUGUAUUUGCACAAAUACUAAGGUAGGUUGUUUAUAAUAGAAAUUAAUGUAUUUAAUUUUAAAGAAAACUUCAGUACGCUGCUCCUGCUGAAUGGGAGCUUUGAUAAAGAGCCUGGAGUCAAAGUGAGCUGAAUAAAGUUAUGCAGAAAGAAUGUCUUCUCCAUCCUCUUUUAUUAUUAUUAUUAUUGUUAUUAUUAUUUUAAGUAUCUCUUAAAAUGGGGUACUGUUGAUUCUUAGAAUUGAGAUCUACUGCUGUAGCUGUCAGCAUAAUGUAUUAGUUGAAGGAAAGGGCAUGUGAAUAGUAGAGAGGUUGGAAGUCUGUGGGAGGUGGGAACCGGGAAAGGACUGUUUCCUUUUAUAUCCAGUUCCCAUAUCAUCUCAGAUUGCAGCUUUCCUUUGGCAGUCACUCAUUCCCAGUGACAUGGCUAAACAAUUUGGCUGGUGCUUGCACAUAGCUGUAACUACAUCUCUGGCUCUCUGAUGGCAGCCUCAUGUCUUUAAGAAGCUUCCAGAGUUGAAAAACUCCAAAAAACAAAACAAAACAAAACAAAAAAAACCAAUGUCCUGAUCACAGAGCCAUCAUCUCUAGAAAAUGAACUGGGAGAUAUUUACUAGAAUUCAAAUUUUCAAAAGGAAAUAUUGCUGCUCUCUCAUCAGCUUUUUCUUUUUCCCCACCUAUCUGUAAGCUUGGCACUCUGAAUUUACCACUGACACUUUACUAUUCCUUCUUUAAUAAGAAGCCUUAUAUGCAAGACAGAGAAAGAACAGGAGGAGGUUGGAAACUGCAGGUUUGUUAAUUUAGUGACUGCUUAAACAGUGUUGUAAAUUGCCACGAGGUGUGCAUUGGCAGUCUCUUCUCUCCUGUUCCAUCUCCUGUUUUGGUCUGCUUUGGUUGACUGAACAAGAGCCUUACCUGGCCCCUUUACCAGUCAUCUGUUCUGCAGAAUAGUUGUGACCAUGACCAAAAUCCCACUGCAGACAUCCUCUGUGUGUGCUGUGGCUGUUACCUUGGUCCUCCUUUGAGACAGAUGUGCGACUCUGGCAUGGAUUGUUGCCAUUCCAGCUACAGGUUUGGGGUUGUAGUUCAGCAAGUCAGUGGAGUGUUUUAAUUAACUGUUGACAUUCAGGAGGUCACUUAAGCAAUUAAAACUAAACAUAUCAUAUACUUAGUUCUAUCUGAACCCAAAUCUUUCCUUUGCUAUACACAUUUUUUGCAUCUCUCGCCCAGCUUUCGGCAAUUACUACCUCCUUUCCUGUUGGACUGCAAUGAAGCAGUGUAUGUGUAUUCUACACUGAACACAGGGCAACAUGCAAGCUUUAUCCCAUCGUUUUGUACUGUUAAGCAUUGCUGCUGUCAGUUUUUACUUCUGAGAAAGACAGCUGAUGCCAGUGAACUGCAGUUGGCUUUAAGCUUAUUAAUGCCAUUCUCCACUAUAUGGUAGCAGCCUUCUAAAGCUGUCAGUGAGAUCCCAGACAUAUUGAAAGGAAGAUUAUGGCAUCUUUGCCAGGCAAUAUGCCUCUGUAUUUCCUUCUUGCUAAUGUGUGGGUUGUAUGAAUAGCUGUAGCAAUCUCAGAAGGCAGCAUGUGUUUGGAUUACUGGUACAUAAUUGUAAUUCCAAGUAAACACAAUGUUCAGCUGGAGAAGUUUUCCACAUUUACUGAUUAAAAUAGAUGGAAGGUAUUUUUUCAGUGAACUUUUGGUAAGUUUUGAUAUAUAUUAAAUGAAACUCACUCAUGCAAGGAGCUAACAUAAACCCCAGUAUAUUAUUAUAUUAUGAAUUUUGUAUCAGCCUUGCACAACUUCUGCUAUUCCUCUCCAUGGAAAUCUUUAGUAAAAGGAGAAAGAUUUAUAUGAUCUCUUCAGUGUAUCUGAUCUCCAUCAAGUGCAUGUUGUUCAUUCUGAAUUUCAAAAUAUGAUGGUCCUGACCACUCCUGUUGUAGGUCAGCGGAGCAUCAUUAGUAAAGAAUUAAAAUAAUUUCUAUUUUAUGUGCUACACAAUUACAUUACUAAUUGCAACUGGUUGUUGUGUAAAGAAAUACUUUUUAAAAGUGAGUGCAACGAACCCAGCAGCAUUCUGGUGCUUUGGAUCAAAUGCCCGAGUGAUAUAAUUCACUGUAGGUCUAGGGCAGAUUGGUUUGUAUUUUUCCCCUCAGUGAUUCAGAAAUUUGUUUUAAAUAACUUUAGCUUAAUGAUCUUUCUGUGCCAAACAUAGCUGAUACUGAGCUAUGCAUGAAGGCAAGCGGGAGUGGAGACACAGCAUAAAAAAAGUACUAAAUGAUUGGCUUGAAAGAAGCAUUCAGCGCUAAAAUAAUUUUGUUACUAGCCACAGAAGUGUUUAGAAAUGGGUAAAUUCCUGCAAAAUCCAAGUGUGUCAUGAGAAUGGGGAUUCAUAUCUUACACAGAGGUCUUCUAAAGUCUUCCUAGUGCUUAUGGUUAGGGCACCUCUAAAACUGCUUUUUUUCCAUAGUGUUUCUGUUUCUUUUAGCUUACUCACUUUCAAAUCUGCAGGUCUCAGUUGUAAUAUAACUCAAUCACAUCAGAAGGACCAAGCAAGGUGUAGACUAGUAAGACUAAUAUUUGAUAGAAGAACUUGAUAGUAAGUUAGAAUGUAAUAAAUAAGAAUAUUGAUCAAUAGAUUGUGUCUUGGUUAGAACAGAGAGCUGCAGCAGCCUUGCGUGCUGACAUUGAUGUUCGCACUGCAGUAAGCUGUUGACAAGAUACCAUUUGCUUCUACCGCAGGCAGCUGGUCAGUGGGAAUGCUCUGGAUUGCAAGAGUAUAGAUAGCAUUCUGUUAUGCAUCAGGUGAAACUACUGUGAGCUGUAGCUCUUACACUCUAGCUAGAUGAUAUUUAUUUAAAAGAGUUCUUUCUUAAUUUAAGGGACUGUCAGCUAGGCGUAGCGGAACUUAAGCUUUGUUGAAAGGGAGAAUGGUAUUGAUGAAAUAAUAUCUUGCUCACCACCACUUCCAGGGAAUCUAUGGCUGAGUAAUCUGAAUUCUUCCCAUGCCAUCAGACACAAGUGAGGGCACAAACAAGUUCCUGCAAUCUCAUCCAUUCUGGGAAAACCUUUGUGUGUCCUCUGUGUUGUUAUGAACUGGAAGAUUUCCCCGAGUGUUGUUUGCUAGAGACAUUCUUACGGUUGCCCAGAUACUGGUGCUGGCUGUGGCAGAAGCUCGCCUUAUGGUUUCAUACUUUGUGUGUGUCUCAGGCACCAAAUCUUCUGUUCUGCCUAAGCCCUAGUCAUUCUAAGUCUUAAGUAUCACCUCCUGCAUAGUUUAUUGUUUUUGUCAUCAUGAAAGACAUCUUGGCUUAUCCUUAUCUAGGCAUAAUUACAUGUAGCUUUAUUUAUCCUCAGCAUUCUCUCUUUUUUUUCUGGCACUGUCUGAGCCUCCUGUGUGUUAUGAACUUCAAACUGAAGAAAAGGUUGUUUAUCCAGUGUUUAUUCUAAAAGUUAUAGCUGCAGCCAUAUGCAGGGGAGCACAGUAGUUCUGUUUUCCUUAUCUCCUCAGCGGCAUUAUCUGUCUGGCUCUUGCUAUUCCAGGAGCCGUAUCUCCUUCAGUGCUCCAAGGGACAAGCUGAUGCUGAAAUUGCAGCUGACAGCACUUGAAUGCACUGGCUUUCAGAGCAAGUGGUAGAACUCUUAGUACUGGCUCCUGCAGAUUUUAUUAACCCUUUAUACAAACAUAAUAGUGCCACCUCCUCCAAUGAAGUGUGCAUGUGUUCCUCAGUCAAUCCUUUCUGCUUUCUGGGUGUGUUUAGCAAAUCACCAUGCAGCUAAAUGGCCAUUAAGAAAAUGAGCUCUAAUUGACAAUUGAAAAUAAGAAUAUAAAUGAGCACCGUUGAGAACUGUCAGCCUUGUGGCUUGUGAACACAUUAGAGCAGUGUUUGCAUUCAAAAUUAUUUGCUUUUGCUAGCUCACCAUAAACCUCUGCUGCUAAAUUAACAUGCAUAAAAUGGUAUAUACUUUUAUUUCUUAUAAGCAAAAUGUAACUGUAUAGGUAGAUUACAUCCUUACUUAAGAACAAGAAUUUGUGUGCUUAAUAAUAAUGAAAAUUCACUCCAGCAGUAUAAUAGGCUUGCAGGCUACUUCGGCUUUUCAGGUUUAUUAGAUUAGAGAAAUACAUAACCCAUGGGUAUUUCUCAUCUUAUUGCCUGUCACAAAUUGAUUUACACUAGGUUGAUGUCACUUUAAAUUCAAGUGCUCAGAUUUCUGAUUUGUGGAAGAUCUGGUUUCAAAUCAUGUGAUAGCUUAUACGUAAAACUUACUUGGAUAAGUCAUUCUAGCUACCGUCAUCUUUAUAUCACACUAGGUUGCUGCAUGGAGGAACAGAACUGGAAGGAGAGUUAUCUCUGGAGCAGAAUUGUGCUAGACUGCUACAUAGUUGAAUCAAAAAGAAACAGCAAGAGGUAGUGGGCUUUUUAGAGGCCAACAAGAUUGACUUUCAGCAAAUGGACAUAGCAGGUGAUGAGGACAACAGGAAAUGGAUGAGAGAGAAUGUUCCUGGAGAAAAAAAGCCUCAAAAUGGAAUUCCUCUUCCUCCACAGAUCUUCAAUGAGGAGCGGUAUUGUGGGGACUUUGAAUCCUUUUUCUCUGCUAAAGAAGAAAAUAUUAUUUAUUCAUUCCUGGGUCUUGCUCCUCCUCCAGGCACAAAGGAGACUGAAAAGUCUGAUACCGCUGGUGAAACUGAGGCACACACAGAACACAGUGCAGAUGAAGGGGCCCAUGAAGAGGCUCAGUCACCAUCAGAAGAUCAGCAGGAAAACAAGGAAGAAGAUGCAGCAACAGGGGAAGAAGAAAAGCAUGAAGAGGGAGAAGAAAAGGAAGAAGAAGGAAAGCAAGAAGAGGAAGAAGAAAAGGAAGAGGUGGAGGAGCAAGAGGAGUCUUAGUAUACUUCCUUAUGACACAUUCUCUCUUGAACAGGUUUUCAGGAAGCACAAGCUGGAGCAGCCCUGCCAAAGGAAAAGCCUCCCUCUUAAGCAAACCGUCACUACCUUUCAUGCCUGUGUACAUGUGAACAUAUAAAUACAGAACAACAAAGAUACCACUGUAUCCUACUUGUAGCAUUUAUAUAUAUAUUUGGUAUUACAAUUGCUUGUUAAAAUGGAUCUUCUUAUAUCUGAUUGCUGGUAUUUCAGUUGAUCAUUAUGUGUUGGAAUAGUAUUGUCCAUGUCAUAUCUUAGGUUGUAAGUUCCUCAGAGCAGGAACCAUGUCUUUCUCCAUGUUUAUGUACUGCCAAACACACUGCCGCCACUCAGCAGAUAACUGCACUCACACAAGUGGCGUUGUAUUCAGAGAAAAAGAAAUUCAGAGCUGAAAACUACAAAAAGGCUUCCUGUAUGCAUCUUAUGUGAGUCACUUCUCCCUCAGCUGGCUUUUGAAAGCGAUUGAGAUUUCCAUUGUACAGCAAUUUAAAUAAAUGCAUUUUCUGUCACAUCC